UGUUCCAGCACCUCACCACUCUCUCUGUAAAGAACUUCCCCCUGAUGUCCAACCUAAAUCUCCCCUCCUUCCUGCAGGGUAUGGAACAGAAAACUGUAGGAAACGAAGAGUUUUUAGUGCCACUUUGCUUUCUAACAAGUAAAUUUCCCUGGAAGUGAUUUGUAACCCUGUCAGGUAUUUUUACAGGCAAUGUUUGCUAGUUCGUCUGUCGCCACGGUUAAACAUUAAUAUCUAUUUCUGAAGAUAAGGCAUCUCUGGAGCCAGGCACCAUGUCUAAUGUCAUCGGACAGUGUUGUGUAACUGCAAACAAUGCAGCCACCCAUUAUAGUGCCAAAUAGUUUUGAGUGGAUAUCAUCAAUCAGUGCUGGUUUCGGUGCUAAGCUUGCCGCUCCUGUUAAAGAGCUGAAAUUUUUCAGGAGUAAGAGGAAGUUAUUCCUUCUCGCUCGUUUGUGCUCAGAAUAGGUGUAGAAAAUUAAAGCAGUGUUCCUUGCUUUGCUGAUCAGGUCCUUAAUAGCAUGUAUAUUUUAAUUUGAUGCAAGUGACCUUCCAAAGAAUUAACUGAAUGUGACUAUAUUUGGGCUCUGACAUCACAGUCCAGAGAUGUGGAGGUGUUACUGGGCAGUUGCUGACAUGCCCUUCCUAUGGGAAAGAUACAAAGAACCUGUAUCUGCUUCCCUCCUGUUCUUCCUUCUGGGUGAGCACUUAGAUGAGAAAUGUUUGUGAGGUGUUCUUUUCAUUUCCCUAUCUAAUGAUAGAAGCACAUUUUGGAGAGAGAGAGAGAGAUGUUCAUCAGAAUUACUUAGUUCAAAAAUUGGAAUGGAGUAUUUGUUAAGAGAGAUUCUUCUUCCUUUUCUGAAUGAAGACAAAUAGCAAUAACUAGAUAAUUUGCAUCCAGUGUAUUUUCUUGUCUCUGUGAAGUUUUUAAUUGAGUAAAUUAAUAACACUGAUUUGUCUGUUAAAAGCUAACUAGCUAUAAAUGUGAGACUUUCCUUGCAGCUGCCUUUCCUCAUAUUUAUCUCCACGUGUGCAAUUAACUGGUUUUAUUCCUGGGAGGAGAGAAGAGUUCCCUAAGCUUGUCUUCUACAAGAAUUGAACUGUUAAUGGUGAUGUUCUGGACUAAUAAUUUCUUCAGCAAUGACAAGUGUUUUAAAGCAGCUGAUUUGGAGCUUAAGCCUUGAGAAACCAUCAUAUCUGGUUCACAUGGGAUGAGUGAGUCUUCUCUGUUCUCUGGUUGAUUAAAGAGUAAUUCAUGCUAGAAAAAGGUGCCAUACAAACAAGAAGAGUUGUAACUGAUCCUCUGUAAAUAUAUGUAUACAUGAAUAACAUGAUUCAGUAUCCCCUGAAUAAUAUUUUACUUGGGAGUAAUUUGACACAAGCAGUUGGCUCAGUGCUUCAUUUCUAGAAUCUGUAACUUUCCGGUGAGGCAGGGAGCACCUCGGGAGCACUUAAUGGAAGUCUUGUUCCUUGGUCUUUUAAGUAAAGUUAGACGUGCCAAAAAUACAAGGCAGGUAUGGUUCUCCAAUUGAAAGGCCUGCUGAAAUUUUAAAAUGUGUUCUUCACUUUUAAGGUGCCUCCUUGAUUUGAAUCUAGGAGUUUAUAAGUAGCCAUUUUUUUAAUUCUAAAAAGAAAUAAAUAGAAAAGAGCAAACAGGUCAGGUUUACAGCAUGUUGCUUCCUGAUUCAGAUCUCCCUGGUGAUGAACAGCUGUGGUUGUAGGGAAAAUGGGGACCAAGUGAUCAGGUCUGUACAAAUCUACAAGGGGAGCGAAGACACGUCUCUGACCUUCCAAGUCUGGGAAAUGAGCAUGCUGAAUUUGGCACACGUGUCCAAUGCUGUGAGAACGGAACUGGUUCAAAAUAUUUCUUAUGGAAAUGAGAAUGAAACACUAAGCAGCUCCCAAAAUUUGACAGACAACUGGCAGAGUGUAACCCCAACAAAAAAAGAGACAAACCCCACAACAGCUAAAAUCAGUUCUGUCACCAUAGGAAAACCAUCCACAGCAAAAGAUGAUUCUGUGCCGUACGUUUCUCGUGUGGUAACUGCUAGUCCUGUAUCUCAAGUGGACGUUGAUGCUUCUGAGGAUACUAAAAUUGAGGAAGAAGACCUUCUGACAGAUUUGAAAGACGCACUGAAUAGUUCACCGCCCAUAGAAAAAGAAAUUAUGGAUUCAGAUGGAGAUGACUAUGAUACUUUUGAAAUGACAUCAAAUUCCAGGUACAACCCAGACCUCCUCGAAAUGCCAGAAGAUGAUGACUCUGACACCAUCAGCAAUUACAAUGAGGAGAUCAAGUCGCUGGAUGAAAAGAUCAAAUAUGUGUCUGUCUCAGGGUUGGAAGAAGAAGAGGACAGCCAUUUCUUUUUUCACCUGGUUAUAGUUGCCUUCUUAGUAGCUGUUGUUUAUGUCACCUAUCACAAUAAGAGGAAAAUCUUCUUACUGGUCCAGAGCCGAAGAUGGAGGGAUGGGCUGUGCUCCAGAACAGUAGAAUAUCAUCGUUUAGACCAAAACGUUAAUGAAGCAAUGCCUUCUCUGAAAAUUACUAAUGACUACGUAUUUUGAAAGCACUGUGAUUUGAGUUUGCUCAACUUAUCACUCUUUGCCUGCCUAGUCAUGUAAUGAUAUCCAGGUAUUCUAAACAUGCCACUUGUACUGAAGUGAGAGGUAGUCUCUUGGACCUGGAUGUUUUUGAGAUUAAAUCUCAUGCAGGAUCAAGGGCACAUGCAUCUGUUUGCUACUUUGGUCAGAUUUUAGAUCAGCUGUAGAGAUACAGUUUAAUAAUUAGUGCCGUUUCCAUUCGUUAAGCUUCUUCAUUUCUGUCUGGAGCAAUCUUAAUACCAAUCAAAAAAAAAAAAAAGCAUAAAAUAUUUUAGGUCUAAUAAAUUAAUGAGUUUGGCAUCACUAAAUCAAAUUAAUAUCUCUUUGCUAAUCACUUAUAUGGCUCAUAAAUCUUGCUAUAUUGCAAACUUAAAAUAUAAUUGCUUUUUCCCGUGCUCAAAUUCUGAUGCUGCAGAUCUUUCAUCUUGUCUUUUUUGGUUCUGUUCUUGCUUUGCAUAGCUUGAUCCUAUUCUAGGCAGAAUAGCUGGCAUGACAAUUUCAUAAUUUUUGUAUGUGCUCAUGCAGCAAAUCAUUUAAAAAUAAUUAUGUAGAAAGCAUUUGAUUUCAGAAGUUACAUAUUGCAAAACGUUCCUGAUCUGUGAGAAGGUGUGCAGCUUUGUGACUGGCCGACUGAUAUUAAUGACUAUUUCAUUUUCUUUUGAAAUUAAUGAAUGGAAAAAUAAGCCUUGUUCAAUAAACUGAACUAGAAUAGAGGUAGUUGACAGGCUUCCAAUACAGCAAAGCUUUCUGUUGAAUUUUAAAUCCGUUGGGGAAAAAAGGUCUGUGGUUUGGUCUGUUAUAAACAGGAGUAGGCUGAGAGAGUAAGAAUGCUUUGUUUUGUUGUUAUUCUGACCCGGGUAACAGGCAGAUGGAAAUAGCACUGUGGGACUGCAGGUCUGCAGCCAGCAACUCUCCUUUUACACAGCAGUGUAAAGCAAGUUAGCGGUACGGUAGGGUGGUCUGUUUUGUUUAAACCUUGUCUUUUCUACUUCCAUUAUUUAUGUUUUCAUAAGUUGUAAAAUAUAAAAUCGUAGUUUUCUGUACAUUCUGUUGGUGAUUUUGUUUUCAAGUUGAUAAAUAUGUAAAUAACGAUGGGGCGAAAGUCCAUAAUUAAUGACUGGGUAUUCAAAUAGUGAAUAGUGAAAACCAUUUUGGGAAAAAAAAUAAAGGAUUUGCAGCCGUUGGCAUGAGGAACCCAAAGGCACAAUCCUGCCUUAAAAAUGAAGUGUUACAAAUUGUAAUUUGCUUUGUUUUCAUAACCACCAGAAAGUAAAGUACAGACAAAAAUA